ACCUUUUCGAUUUUUAGAUGUAGCUCAACCACUGCUUCAUUUUGCUUAUGUACCAUGAAGAAGACAAGAAGUCUAGUCCUAUUCCAAUUAAAGGCCAGAGCAAUGCUAGGGGCACUCGCCUGCUGCACUCUCCGGCCAACACUUUCUCUUUUAUUGGGCCACGUUAUUUUGGUUUCAAGAGGUUGCACCUGAAAGCUUUAAAGAAGCUUACGUGGCCCAAUGAAAGGGGAAGUGUUGGCCGGAGAGUGCAAAAAGCGAGUGCCCCUAGCACUGCUCUUAAAGGCAAAUGCCAAGUUUAAGAAACUGAUUUCUUGUACUGCUUUUGUUUUCCAGCCUUGUUGUCCUAACAACCUCCCAACAUGAUCCACUCAAGUCCGAAGAGAAACAUGUUGCCAUGUUAAUUUGUGUUUGGAGAUUCAGUCUUCGAUCUUGGAAACAAUAACUUCCUCAAUAUCAG